UGCGCGUCUCUGGUGCAUUCCGCAAGGUAAGAACCCAGAUCAUUCCCCGACAUGGCAACAGCCGCCACGAGUAUUGUUUUUGUGAUUGACAGAGCAUCUCAGAGAACACCGCGGGAGCUUGCAGAUCCGUUGCGGUGGACUGGCUGGUUGAGGUACACGAUGCCUCCGAAUAUAGCUGAUGCGUAUAUGGCGGAUGAGCGCCUUUAUCAACAUAUUUACAACUACCUGAGGUCGCGCAGCAGCGCUCUCUACCAUCGCGUGCACAAAGAGAAUCGGACAGGGAAGGUUGCAAUCUCCGAACAGCUUCUCUGGAUACAUCGUCUACAACACCGGCGCCCAGGUAUUUCGGGAUCUCGUCCUCGCUCAAAUGGGGGUGAUCCAAAUCAUUUACUGCAUGAAUUGGCAAAGAUCAAUGCUGGUCUGCUGAUCCAUGGUGGUACAGACCUGACAAUUGAUUAUAGGACACCAUCUGGACGUGACACAUUCCAAUCAGUGGAAGAGGAGGAACUCUACAUCGAACGACUCCGGAUGCUGUCUAGGUGUUUUCCAGUCUGGCCACCCGUGCGCGAGCUUCGCACAGCAGCUCGGAAGCUCCAAAUAAUGCACGAUCUCGACCACAUCGCUCGAGAAAUCACCAAGUCACCCCGUCCUCACACUGUCUUGUAUAACGGGGGCCGGACACAGGGUGACUGCGUUUACAAGCGCGAGGGGAGCAAGAAUAGCGACCGUUUCUACCGUGGAAAGCUGAAGCCGAAGAGGAAGAUUGACGAAGACAUCGAGCUAACAGGAGGGCGAUGGAGGUGGAUGGAGCAAAAAGAAAUUCCACUCCUGUGCAACACCGGCGAGCUGCGCGUGUAUCACGCGGUGCAUACAAUCCGGUUGCCUCAUGGUGGAUUCGUGUCCUCAGUACUGAGAGAUUGCUUACUUCCACAAGACAUGAUAGUCAACAGAGCUAGUGGAUGCUUCGCCAGAUCUGGAGGCUCAGAAGCCAUCCGAACUACUGCUCGAGAAUUGCUUGAGUGGUUCGUACUCAACACCGUUGCUGCGCUGGGGCUGGGAGAGUCUUCACUGCUCCAAUACGCGCGAGUUGAUCUAGGCGUAAUGCGUGGAGAGGAUGGCAAACUCCACUGGUUUGUCAAUCAAGUCGCACGCGGGCUGGGGGCCGGGCUCUUUGCUGCGAAGGAUCCGAAUGCUGCUCUGCAAGUGAUUGAUUCGGUGCUGGAGUCGGUACUGAAGUGGCGGAGGGACUGGACUGCUGAUCCUUCACGAUAAUAUACUUAUGGCUUCUGUUAAUCUCGAAGCAACCACCAUCAUGACGUAGAGAUGACAGUCACCAAAUUGUAAUGCUCUGAGCCGUUCACGUUAUCUCAGAGUCGACUGGCC